AUGCCUGGGGCGGGCUCCCGGGGCCCGGCCGCCGGGGAUGGGCGGCUGCGGCUGGCACGGCUAGCACUGGUGCUGCUGGGUUGGGUCUCCGCGUCGGCUCCCAGCUCUUCGGUACCCUCGUCAUCCAUCUCCCCGGCGGCCUUCCUGGCCUCAGGGUCUGCGCAGCCUCUGCCAGCCGAGCGAUGCCCCGCGGCGUGUGAGUGCUCCGAGGCGGCGCGCACAGUCAAGUGCGUUAACCGCAACCUGAUGGAGGUGCCCGCGGAUCUGCCUUCCUACGUUCGCAACCUCUUCCUCACCGGCAACCAGAUGACCGUCCUCCCGGCUGGCGCUUUUGCCCGGCGGCCGCCGCUCGCCGACCUGGAAACGCUCAACCUCAGCGGCAACCACCUGAAGGAGGUGUGUGCUGGUGCCUUCGACCAUCUGCCUGGCCUGCGCCACCUCGACCUCAGCCACAACCCUCUCACCAACCUCAGCGCCUUCGCCUUUGCGGGCAGCAACGCCAGCGCCCCCAGCUCCCUGGUGGAGCUGAUCCUGAACCACAUCGUGCCCCCCGAGGAUCAGCGGCAGAAUGGAAGCUUCGAGGGCAUGGUGGCCUUCGAGGGCAUGGUGGCAGCUGCCCUGCGCUCAGGCCCUGCGCUCCAAGGGCUGCAUCACCUGGAGCUGGCUAGUAAUCACUUCCUUUACCUGCCUCGGGACUUACUAGCCCAACUGCCGAGUCUCAAGCACCUGGACCUUCGGAACAACUCCCUGGUGAGCCUGACCUAUGCGUCCUUCCGAAACCUGACACACCUCGAAAAACUCCACUUGGAGGACAAUGCCCUCAAGGUCCUUCACAACUCCACUUUGGCCGAAUGGCAAGGCCUGACUCAUGUCAAGGUGUUCCUGGACAACAAUCCCUGGGUUUGCGACUGCUACAUGGCUGACAUGGUGGCCUGGCUUAAAGAGACAGAGGUGGUGCCGGAUAAAGCCAGGCUCACCUGUGCAUUCCCAGACAAAAUGAGGAAUCGUGCCCUCUUGGACCUCAACAGCUCCGACCUGGACUGUGACGCUAUCCUUCCCCCAUCCCUGCAGACUUCCUAUGUCUUCCUAGGUAUUGUUUUAGCCCUGAUAGGCGCUAUUUUCCUCCUCGUUUUGUAUUUGAACCGAAAAGGCAUUAAAAAGUGGAUGCAUAACAUCAGAGAUGCCUGCAGGGAUCACAUGGAAGGGUAUCAUUACAGAUACGAAAUCAACGCGGACCCCAGGUUAACAAACCUCAGUUCCAACUCCGAUGUCUGAGAUACAGGACUGGCCAAGGACAGCUCUGCAUGAGGUGUAGACUUCAAGUUUUCAUGUUUUGGUUUGUUUUGUAUUUUUUUCUUCCCUUUACGAGGCUUGCACCACUUCCGCCCUCCACUAUGGACACCAAGGACUCUGACUGAAAGCAGUGAAGGGAUUUUGCUUCCUUGUUAUGUAAAAUUCUUGGUGUGUUCUGUUAAUGUAAGAACAUGAACAACUGUGCAUACAAUGUUUAUUUACCCUUUUCCUUUCGGUACUCCUCGAUGCCUGCGGAGGGAUUUUUUUUUCUCCCAUAAGUUCCAGCAUGGACAGGGACUCUUCCUUAAUUCAGUUCAAGAUGUAGCACAGAUAGCAUCCAACGGAAGCUGCCUCAAGUUUUUUAAGAAAAAUACUUUUUUCAUAAAUAUGAGUUUCAUCGUCACCUACGUAAAUUUAAAGAGAAAAUAAUUGCAUCCCCAAACUGCCUGCAGACCUUAGCAAGCUCUUCCAUAGAAUCUAGUGCACAGGCGCACCUGCAUCCAAGAGCAUGCUUACAUUUUACUGUUCUGCACAUUAAAGAAAAAUUGCAACUUCAGAUAACUUCUUUGACAAACUAAAUUACUUUUUGAUUGCAGUUUAUAGGAAACUGACCUAAGGGUUUUUCUGUUUUUUUUUUUCUUUGUUUGUUUUUAUAAACUGCAUUGAGAUCCAACAGACUGGAUUGUUUAAAAAAAAUCAAUAAAGAGUCUGAAAAGAA